AUGGCUGCCACCAACGGUGAGACAGUCCAGGCUCGAGUCCUCUGUCCGGAGAAAUUGUCCCCGGAUGGACUCGCUCUGCUUCGGAAAACCCUCAUUGUCGACGAAAAGCAAGGUCUAACGCCCGAGCAACUUGUCUCAAUCAUCCCGGAAUACGAUGCCCUUCUUGUGCGCUCCGAGACUAAGGUCACCAAUGAUCUUCUGCAGGCAGCUCGAAAAUUGAAGGUAGUUGCUCGAGCAGGUGUCGGUGUAGACAAUGUCGAUGUCCCCGCCGCAACGCGGUUGGGCAUCGUCGUGGUGAAUUCUCCGAGCGGGAAUAUUCAGGCUGCUGCGGAACAUACCAUUGCCCUGUUGAUGAGUAUGGCGAGGAAUAUCCCUGAUGCUUGUGCGAGUGUCAAGGGAGGGAAGUGGGAGAGGAGUCGACUCGUCGGCGUGGAGGUCAAGGGGAAGACGUUGGGGGUGGUGGGACUCGGGAAAGUCGGCCUGAUUGUCGCUCGAAUGGCUCGUGGCCUGGGUAUGAAUGUGGUCGCGGCAGAUCCCUAUGCUUCUCCAUCGGUGGCUGCCGCGGCCAACGUCCACCUUGUUGAGUCUCUGUCUGAGCUCUUGCCUGUCGUCGACUUCCUGACCAUUCACACACCAAUGCUGGCCGCAACACGCGGCAUGCUUUCGACAUCCGAGCUCAACUCGAUGAAACGCGGGGCUCGCAUCCUCAACGUCGCCCGCGGAGGCAUCAUCGAUGAAGAAGCCCUCCUUGCUGCACUUGAAUCUGGACACAUAGCCGGCGCGGCAAUAGACGUCUUUACUUCGGAACCACCGCAUAAGGACCCCAACUCCUCUGCAGCAAAGCUAGUCCAACAUCCCAAAUGCAUUGCAACACCGCAUCUCGGCGCAUCGACGGUUGAAGCACAGGAAAACGUCUCCAUCGACGUCUGCGAACAGGUCCUCCAGAUCCUCGCAGGAGAUCUACCGAGGAGCGCUGUAAAUGCGCCUAUUAUCCUGCCAGCCGAGUACAAGACUCUCCAACCUUUCGUACGGCUUGUGGAAAAGAUGGGCUCUCUGUACACGCAACAUUUCACAUCCCCCACGCAGCCCCUCCAUCAAAGAAACAUGAAUACGUUUGAUCUCAUCUACGAGGGCGAGAUCGCGAACAUGUCGAGUACGAAACCACUCUUUGCGGCCCUGAUCAAAGGACUUACUCUACCCAUCUCGGACGCAGAGGGGUUCAAUGUCAACAUAGUCAAUGCGGAGAUGGUGGCCAAAGAGAGAGGGAUAUUCGUCAACGAGCAGAAGUCCAGAGAUCCGUCCACGCAAGCGUAUUCGAGCUUGGUUACCCUCGUCGCCAGGCCCGCCAGCAGAGCUCCGUCCUUGAGUCGGCAUUCCAGCGCCCUCGAAGGGCUCUCUAUAUCAUCCAACCCCGCGGGUGACCAACAGAGCCAGCCGGUCAGCAAGCAGCACGUCAUUUCCGGCUACUGCAGCGACAACUCCCCCUUCAUCUCGAGGCUCGAUCGCUUCGCCACGUCCUUUGUGCCCGAGGGCACCCUGUUGAUCUGUCACAACUACGAUUCUCCGGGGAAGAUUGGUGUCGUGGGCAGCAUCCUAGGCAGAGAAGGCGUCAAUAUCAACUUCAUGAGCGUGGCGCCCGCGACCUUCUCUGCGGGCUCGGGUUCCGGCGCUGCGAAAGGCUCGGAUACCCAUCCGCCUGCGCCCAAAGAGACGACCGAGGCGCUCAUGAUCCUGGGCGUGGACAAAGAGGUAGGCGAGGGUGUCAAGAGAGAGCUGGUCGGCGCGAAGGGCGUUCUGAGUGUCAGCAGCGUCACUCUUUAAAGGGGUGCGAAGGGGGUG